AUGCCGCCUAAACGUCCAGCUCCUAAGGCUUCCGGCAAGGAGUCUAAGCGACAGAAGAAGGUUAUGACGCUGCAAGAAAAGGUAGCUCUACUUGAUAUGCUGAAAGAAAUGAAGUCUUAUGCAGCAGUGGCCCGGCAGUACCACAUGAACGAAAGCACCGUAAGAUACAUCAAGAAGAAAGAGGCAGAAAUAAGGAAAACUGUUUCCAUUAGCUUCUCGAGUAGUGCCAAGACUGUCUCUACUCUACGAGAUAGUGCGAUUGUCAAGAUGGAGUUAGCCUUGUCUUUGUGGAUCACAGACUGCCAUAAAAAGAAUAUUCCUCUAGAUGGCAAUGUAAUUCGCGAGAAGGCAAGAUGCUUGUUCGAGAAGUUUGCGCCUGAAGGAGAAGCCCAGCAAAAAGAGGAUGCUAGAGUUUUCAAGCAGGAAAAGGAAGAUAAAGAAGGAGCAGGACCAUCGACUGGGGCCUCAGCUCCCAAAGCAGGCUUUGUAGCCAGUAACGGUUGGUUUCAUCGGUUCCAGAAUCGGUUCCAGCUGAAGAGUGUGUCUCUGCAUGGUCAAAUGGCAUCGGCAGACACAGAAGAGGCUAGGAAAUAUCCUGAGACGCUGAAGAAGAUAAUUGUGGAGAAUAAUUAUCAUCCAGAGCAGAUAUCUAAUAUGGAUGAAACCAGCCGGUUCUGGAAGAAGAUGCCUUCUCGCACUUAUCUAAUGAAAGAUGAAACCCUGGCCCCUGGCUUUAAGUCUGCCAGCGAGGAUGAAGAUACACAACCCGAUGAAGAGGAGGAUGAGGGUUUAUCUCUGGAUCGUCUGUCACAGCUCCUUCGCACAUUGAAAGAGGCUAAGGAGAUGGUCAGGGCAUGGGAUCCUUACAUGGAUCGAUCCAUUAAGUUUAACAAUGCUAUAGAUGCAUGCAGCAAGCCCUACAAGAUCCUCUUCAACUUGCUGAGGAAGGAAGCACAGCAGCUUCCCAUUACCAUGUUCUUCCAGCCUGUGAAGAAGACGUUUGAAACUCCUAAAAUGCUACCAUAA